CGCAGUCAAAAGUUAAAAGUCAGUUUCAGUUUCAGUUACGUUUUGGAGUACGACGCGCGAGCAUUAUUGUUUCCAUUCUUACCGAAGGCUUUUAAUUACUACAAAAAAAAAAAAAGAAAAACAGAAAUAAAUAAAUAAACACCUCGCUUUCGCUUUCCUUUUUUUGUUUUGUGUGCCAAAGCCGCCAAGAGAAAUACCCGACAAAAAUAAAUAAAAAACUAACAGUGUGUGUAAGUGUAAAACAAAAUGCCCGCCAAAAUUAGUCAAGUUUAACAUAUUAGGUCGAAUUUCACCAUAAACUAAAACUAAACAAAUGCGAGUUCGUCAGAAACUUGAAAACAAAACAAGUGAAAUGCAGUUUCUAAAAAAAAACUUAAACUUAAACAAAAGUGAUUUUAAGUGAAAAUCUAAACAAGGAUAUUGAACUCAAAAAUAAGAUUAGAGUUUAUUGAUGAGUGAACAAAGGAGGCCGCCAGCGAGAGUGAUAAGCGACCUGCGACCCGCACACUGAGAGAAAAAAAGGCGGACGGAAGCCAGGAUCAUAGGUCAGUGCCGACGACGAAUGCAUUUGCAGCUUCUGGUGGCAGCCAAGACGCCUCCAUCCGAGCAUACGGGCGUUGGGGAGUCAGAGUCGGAAUUGGAAUUGGGCCUGGGUCUGGGAUUGGAAUUGGGAUCCGCAUCGGCAUCUUUAUCCGCAACCGGACUGGGACUGAGUUUGGGACUGGGCCAGGAAUUGGUGGCCGACCACUGCACCACUGUGGCGCCCGUCAGCGUCGCCGGUCCCGGCCGCCUGGGUCGCAGCAUUAACGGCAGCGGCGGCAGCCAUCAUCAUCACCACCUGCACCACCACUACGCCCCGUAUCACGCCCACCCGUAUCACCCGCACCCGCACCACCACCCACCGUACCCGUAUCCGACGGCAGGUCCACAUCCGCCGGCCAUGGUCACCUCGUCCUCGACAUCACCGACGGGCAAUGGCUGGAGCAGCAGCACCGGCGACUUCAAAGGCAUCACGGCGGUGGCCACGGGAUCGGGUGGCGUCGGCGGCGGUGGCGGAGGUGCCACUAGCCAGGGAGCCACUGCCUCCGCGGGCGCCACCACUGCCGAGGUUCUGGCCGUUUCAAGUAGCGCCAGUGUUGGCAGCAGUUCGCCCACAGGUGGCGCUAGCAAUGGUACUGCUCACAGUGGUCAAAGCGGACACACCGGCGGUCAUAGCAGCAGCACCGCCAGCAAUGGCAACAACAACAACAACGGUGCCAGCAAUAGUAAUAACAACAACAAUAACAACAAUGCAGUCCAUCAGGAUCUGCUGUGGAUGGAGCGAUUGGUCCAGAAGAGACAGCAGGAACAUCCCGGGGAGUUGGUGCGCACGAGCAAUCCGUAUUUCCUGUGCUCCGCCCUGCCCGCCCAUUGGCGCUCCAAUAAGACGCUGCCGAUGGCCUUCAAGGUCGUCGCCCUGGCGGAAGUGGGCGAUGGCACCUAUGUCACCAUCCGGGCGGGAAACGACGAGAACUGCUGCGCGGAGCUGCGCAACUUCACCACCCAAAUGAAGAACGACGUGGCCAAGUUUAACGAUCUGCGGUUCGUGGGUCGCAGUGGCAGAGGGAAGAGCUUCACGCUGACCAUCACGGUGGCCACGAGUCCGCCACAGGUGGCAACCUACGCCAAAGCCAUCAAGGUGACCGUCGACGGACCCCGAGAGCCGCGAUCCAAGACAAGUCCGACGGGUGGACCCCACUACCGCGCCCUGGGUCUUGGCCAGCGGCCUUACAUCGACGGCUUCCCCUCGACGAAGGCGCUUCACGAGCUGGAUGCGCUGCGCCGCUCGGCCAAAGUGGGAGCAGUAACAACAGCAGCAGCAGCAGCGGCUGCCACGGCAGCAUCAGCGGCCAAUGCAGUGGCAGCAGCCGCAGCCGCAGUGGCGGUCACUCCCACAGGAGGCAGUGGAGUUGGUGCGGGCGUGGCCGGCGGAGCGGCCGCUGGCCUGGUGCAGCAAUUGAGCAGCAAUUACUCAUCGCCGAAUAGUACAAUCAACUCGGACUGCCAGGUCUACAAGCCGAAUGCCCCGCACAUCCAAGGAGCCGAUAUGAUGGGUGCCGGCGAGUGGACGGGUUCCUCGAGUUCGGCGGCUGCCUAUUACCACAGCCAUGCCCACCACACGCACGCCCACCACGCCCACGCGCACGCCCACCUGCAGCACCAGAUGCCCUUGCCGCCGCCACCGCCUCCCCCGGCAGCUGCCCCUGUUUCGGUGGGUGUGGCUGGCAAUGGAGCCACCAUGGGCGUGGGCAUGGGCAUGGGCAUGAGCAUGAACCACUACGGAGGAGGCUAUGACUCGGCCAAUUCCCUAGAGGCAGGCCAAUAUGCCGCCCAUCUGCCGACCGUGCUGCCCGAGAUGCAUGGGCAUGGAUUCGCCACUGAUCCCUACCAAACUGCCGGCUAUGGCAGUGGAAAUACGGGCGGAGGCAGUGCCUCCAAGUCGGAACUGGACUACGGAGGUGGUUACAAUCAGACAUGGUCGAAUGGCUAUCAGAACUAUCAGUAUGGAAGUUGCUUGGCAACCGCCCAGUACGGCCCGCAGGCAGCUCCACCCCCACAGCCACCGCCUCCGCCGCCUGUGGUGCUGUGCCCGCAGCUGUACUCCACGGUCAACCAGAAUCAGAUCCACCUGCAUCUGCACAGCAGCGAGAAACUGGAGCAGUAUCUGGGUACGGCCAGUGGUGCGGAGCAUCUGACCAUUGGCACCUUAACGGGAAGCAGUCGAUCUAGCAUAGAGAUUGGCCAGGAUCAGUACCACCAGGCGCAGCAGGUGCACCACUCACAACAACAACAACAACAACAGCACCACCCACAACAGCAGCAGGUGGAAUCCGCUGGCGAAGUGGGUGGCAGUGGGACCGGCGUAGUGGAGUCCUCGCGUGAGGAGGACGUGGGCGAUCUCACGCAGGUGUGGCGACCCUAUUGACCCAAUCGGAUACCCCAUCGGCCAGCAGCACCCAGCCUACACCUUCACCCACAUCCACACACCAAUACCACCCACCCACCGCUGCACCUGCACAUCGAACUGAACUAGGAGAGCAGCAGGAUCACCACAAGAACUGUACAAUUUUUUUCUUUUUUUUUUUUUGAUAGAUAAUAACUAAAUCUUAAGACACCCCAAGACAUCUUGUACAUAAAAGAAUGAUAUGGAUUAAGAGAUAGAGAUAAUAUAUAAAGGCACUAGGAACUCGGAAAACCCUUUUUGUGGAAAACCCAGCCUUUGUACUUAACUUUCACCUCACCUUCAGCUUGAUUGCAGAUUUUAAGGCCCGAUAUUAAGGCUUCCAAAAUGUUGAGUUCAGAGUGCAGCUUAAUGAGAAAAUGCUAAAUCAAAAGACACUAGUAAAUCACUUACUACUGUAAGCACAUAAUAACACUAACUAAACGAGGUGUAAAUAAUAGAGGGACUAAAGCUAAGAUCGUAAAACUGAUUAUAGAGAUGAGAUAAUCCAUGGCCCAUGUAGAGAGCACCCAAUCCCCUACAAACCGUAGAAAAGCAGAUUUUUUUUUACUAGAACUAAGACUAGAUGGAUAUCCGAUAAAGCCGCACAACUAUCUAUAAUUAUAUAAUUACCUAUGUAUACAUUUUUUUUCUGUUACUUUGUGUGUGAAUCCCGCAAGGGAUUCGAGAGGAAAGCGAUAAGCCGACGAUAAGCGACGAUGAGAAGACUAUAAAUAAAGUUAUCGUAUUUAUUUAAAAUGGAUUUUAUAAGUGGUUCUAAGGUAAGGUUAAUGCCUACAAAUACCUCUAUUUUUUGGUUUGUUUAACUUAUUUUAGUUUUAUUUAAACUAUUACCUCUA